GCUUUCUUCAUAACUCGGGAAAAAACAAUAUAAUAUACUGAUGGCUAACGUUUUGAUUUUGUCACUUCUCUCCCUAAUCAUCAUCUUUCUUCUUCUCACCGCCUUGAAACGUGCAAAGCGACGGCAACUUCAAUCAAUACCGUCUCCUCCUGGUUUCCCUAUCAUCGGAAACUUACAUCAGCUCGGAGAAUUACCACAUCAGUCUCUAUGGAAACUCUCAAACAAGUAUGGUCCUAUCAUGUUUUUGAAGCUUGGAAAUGUCCCAACAGUCACACUUUCUUCCUCUGAGACAGCAAAACAAGCUCUAAGAGAUCAUGACCUCCUUUGUUGUACCCGUCCUUCCUUAGCAGGGGGUAGAGAGCUCUCUUACAACAACCGGGACAUAUCUUUCUCUCCUUACAAUGAUUACUGGAAAGAACUAAGGAAGCUAUGCACUCAAGAGAUCUUUAGUGCUAAAAAUAUUCAGUUAACUCAACCCAUCAAGGACGAGGAGGUCAAGAAACUGAUUGAUUCGAUCACGGAAUCAGCUUCUCAAAAGACUCCGAUCAACCUGAACGAGAAGUGUCUUGCUUUAACUGUAAGUAUAGUAUGUAGGACAGCCUUUGGUGUGAGUUUUGAGGGAACUGUGCUUAGCAAUGACAGGUUCAACAAGUUAAUCCGUGAAGCUUUCGAGAUGAUGGGAAGUUUCUCUGCCUCAGAUUAUAUUCCGUACGUUGGUUGGAUCAUUGACUGGUUCACUGGUUUGCAAGGGCGGAGAGAAAAAAGCGCGAAAGACCUCGAUGCAUUCUAUGAACAAAUUAUUGAUAAGCAUAAAGAGGAAAAGGAAGUAGAGAAUGAAGAUUUUGUGGACUCACUCUUAAGAUUGGAGAAAGAAGAAGCUGUUAUUGGAAAUGGCAAGUUCACAAGAAAUAAUGUUAAAGCAAUCUUGAUGGACAUUCUUUUAGCGGGGAUUGAAACUUCUGCAGGAACCAUGACAUGGGUGAUGGCAGAACUUGCGAGGAACCCACGAGUGAUGAGGAAAGUUCAAUCUGAAAUCCGAAACAGAUUUGGGAAGAGAGAACUAAUCAGCUUGGAAGACAUAGAUCAACUACACUACUUGAAAAUGGUGAUUAAAGAAACAUGGAGGCUACAUCCUCCAGCACCUCUUCUGCUCCCAAGAGAAGUAAUGUCUGAAUUUGAGAUCAACGGCUACAAGAUUGAAGCCAAGACACAGAUUCAUGUCAACGUAUGGGCUAUCGGGCGUGAUCCCGAUACCUGGAAAGACCCGGAGGAGUUUCUUCCCGAGAGGUUUCUUGAUAGUAACAUUGAUACAAAAGGACAGAGCUUUGAGUUGUUACCGUUUGGGGGCGGCCGGAGAAUGUGUCCUGCGAUGUACUUGGGGACAGUAAUGGUGGAGUUUGGUAUGGCGAAUAUGUUGUAUCAUUUUGACUGGAAGUUACCAGAAGGCAUGGUUGUUGAAGAUGUUGACGUGGACGAAGCUCCUGGACUCACUGUGAACAAGAAAAAUGAUCUUCUGCUUGUGCCAGCGAAGUAUUUGGAUAACUGAUCUCUUGAAUGCUUGAUCUAAGUUCAUCAUGCUCGAUUAUACAUAAACAGAACACGCAGUCUGAAGUUCCUCUGUUUCUUUUAGAAGUGUUUAUGGAAGUGUCUAAGAGAAACUUUUCAUUUGUAACGUAACUUGUACGUCAACUGCAAAAUGAGCUUUACGAUCAUCUUCAAAUAUGAAACUAAGAAUUGCUCAUUGGGUUGAAUUGA